UGUGCUUUAUCGCCUCGUGGCUCCUUUCCGCGCGCGCGCGCGCUCCUUUGUGCCUCCGCGCGCACGCGGCUGCAUGCACGACUCCCGGCGCGCUCUUUCAUGCCGCGCGUAACGAGAUAAGGCCCCGCUCCGCGCAGUCUGCUGUCUGCCCUUUAUCCGCACAGCAGAUUAGCGCAGGUGAGUUGGUUCGUGCGCAGGCUGGUCAGGUGAGGGUCACGCGUCACGUGCACCGGAGAGACUUCAGAGGAGCCGUUUGGCAUGCGCGCGUUCUGACGCUCACACUGUCGUCGCUUUGGGGGCAAUUUGCAUCUCUGGUUGAAUGUUUGUAGAAAGAACGUGUUUUACUGCAAAAUAACUCACACACUGAGCUGUGGUGUGUGUGUGUGUGUGUGUGUGUGUGUGUGUGUGUGUGUGUGUGUGUGUGUGUCUACAAACAGCCAAACACACCGUAAAGAUAUUUGGUCUUUAUUGGUUUAUAGUACACUAGCUGCUAAUAGUAUCAAUAAAGGGUGUUUUAUUGUCAUUAUUAAAGGUUUAAUCUCUUAUUAACUGACUUCUCAUUAAAUCCGGGUGAACGAGGACAAUCUGAAAACGCUGCCAAAGUCAGAAUAGUACAUUUAUCUCUGUUCUCCGGUGUCUCAGUUGAUCCGUCCACGUCUCGUCGCCCCUGUUCAACCUCUUCCCAUCCAAGCACCACUUGCUGUGUUUCUUGUUUUGCGUGCACGCGUGUGAUGUCACUGGAAGGGGGAAAGCUUUGGGCUGAUCAGUUACGUACUGUGCAGGUAAGUCGGUUAAGACUCGGUUGCAAACUGUCCUCAUGUUAAUUAGCAAAGCUCUUUCUUCGGAUCUGAGUACAACUAAUGACUCUUUGUCUACAGGGCUGAAUAUGUGCAGUAGUGCUUGUUUUCUUCAACCAAUAAUGCAAAACUAAAAUAUGCUUAUUUACAAUGUAAAUAGCUUGUUAUUUUCAUGUUAAAUAAACUGGAACCACACUAUGUUAUCGGUAAAUGCCUGUCAUUGAUGUUCUGUGGAUCUGUUAAUAUGUUAUUCAUCUUGCUGCUGCCUUAGAAUGAUUGAUUAUUUAAUCAAGAUCACACACAGUAUAUUUUAUUGGGUGCUCACGAUUUGUCCUUUACUUCCUGCUAUUAUAAUAAGAACAAUAGAGAAUUCACCUUCACCGCUUCCACGUCAAGUUACUUCUUAGAACAUCCUCUGUUGUCACAUCCACCUGCCCCGGCCACAGGCCGCCUCUCAUUGGCUCGGCGCUCGGCCAAUCAGCUGCCGGCUCAGCCUUGUGAGGGAAGGCCGAUCGGAACGGUGCGGCUCUGCUCGGAGACCCUUGUCCCACACAGCCAGCGAGUCACAGCCGCCCGGACCUCAAGGGCAGCCGGUGGCCAAGGAGAGCGACAGGAAGUCAGAAGGCAGGAGACAGGGGACAACGCCGCGGAGCCGCAGGACGCCGGAUGGAGACGCAGUUCGGGGGCAGAGCAGAGACAAAGUGACAAACGCCGCAGCGAGAGCCACGGUUUGUGAGGCGCUGGAGGACAGAGUGGAGACAAUCAGGAGGACGUCUGCAGAGCAUGGUGGCAGAGUGCACAUGGAUUUAGUCGACCUCUACCUCCCGGAGUGUUUCACCUAUCACUCUGACACAGAACACCUGGGCAGGAUGUCCGUGAGGGGCCUGGACCCCACCUGUCCCUCCACCAUAAAGCGUGAGCCCUCCAGCCCCAGCUCCCAGGGGGACGUGAGCCCGGCCCACCCCAGCCCCGGAAGCUCCUCGUCGGACACCAACUCCAGCUACGGGGCGCUGCUCAAGGGCCACCACGUGCACGGCAAUGGGCUGGACUCCCCGGGCCUCUACGCGCACACGCCCGGCUCGGCCAACAGCGCGGGGGCCAACAGCAUGUUUGCGGAGGAGGAAAGCCAGGUGAAGUGUGAGUUCAUGUUGGGCUCGGUGGCCAAGCGCGUGUGCCUGGUGUGCGGCGACGUGGCCUCGGGGUACCACUACGGCGUGGCCUCCUGCGAGGCCUGCAAGGCCUUCUUCAAGAGGACCAUCCAGGGUAACAUUGAAUACAGCUGCCCAGCGUCCAACGAAUGUGAGAUCACCAAGCGAAGGAGGAAGUCCUGCCAGGCGUGCCGCUUCGUGAAGUGUCUGUCCGUGGGCAUGUUGAGAGAAGGCGUGCGUCUGGACCGGGUUCGAGGAGGCAGACAGAAGUACAAGAGGAGAAUAGAUGCAGAGAACAGUCCGUACCUGCAGCCGCAGAGCGCCCUGCCCCAGAAGAAAACAUUCUUUGUUGGCGGCGUGGUGGAAAACAAAGUGGUGUCCCUGCUGCUGGUGGCCGAGCCGGAGGGCAUCUUCGCCAUGCCGGACCCCACCGUGCCCGAGAGCGACAUCAAGGCGCUGACCACGCUGUGCGACCUGGCCGACAGAGAGCUGGUGGUCAACAUCGGCUGGGCCAAACACAUCCCAGGCUUCCCCUCCCUCUCUCUGGCCGACCAGAUGAGUCUACUGCAGAGCGGCUGGAUGGAGAUCCUGAUCCUCCGAGUGGUGUUCCGCUCGCUGCCCUUGGAGGACAAGCUGGUGUACGCCGAGGACUACGUGAUGGACGAGGAGCAGUCCAAGCUGGCCGGGCUGCUCGACCUCAACAACGCCAUCCUGCAGCUGGUGAAGAAGUAUAAAUCCAUGGGGCUGGAGAAGGAGGAGUUUGUGGUCCUCAAGGCCAUCGCGCUCGCUAACUCAGACUCCAUGCAAAUCGAGGACUCGGAGGCGGUACAGAGACUCCAGGACGUCCUCCACGGGGCCCUUCAGGAGCACGAGGCAAGCCGCCGCCCGGAGGACCCCCGCCGGGCCGGCAAGCUGAUCAUGACCCUCCCCCUCCUCCGCCAGACGGCGGCUCGGGCCGUCCAGCACUUCUGCAGCAUCAAACAGGACGGCCGCGUGCCCAUGCACAAACUGUUCCUCGAACUGCUGGAGGCCAAGGCCUGACGCCGGGGGCGGGGCGGGGGGGGCGGGACCGGGCGGGACCGGCGGGGGGGUACGAUAACGGGUAACGGUGAGCUUUGACACCAUGUAUUUUUUUUUGGUCCAUUUCAGCUUUGAAAAGAAAAAAGAAAAGUUUGAAACGUGCCGGGGAAAGUUUGUUCCAAGCAGACGAACAUCUGGCAGAGCGACGUCGUCUCUCCUUCGCCCGACAAACGGAGCCGGCAGCGAAGCGCCUUCUAGAGAUAUUUACAGUAAAAUGCCAAACGUAGAGCUUCUUCUGUCAAAAGACCAGCUGAUACUUGAAUACGCUCAUGGAAUCAUUUCAUCCACCUUGAAACCUGUUAAUCUGCAUUCUGGUGCGUUUAAGGCUUUUGUUCCGUGUAUCCGAAGAGGAACGUCUUGCCAAAGAGUAAAGACUCAAACUAUGAAGACCAGCAUCUGUCCAUCUGUAAGACGUCCAUAGAGCUGCGUAUCUGUCUGUCCACCUCAUUCUCAUAUAAACCACUAACGGGAUCUAUUAAGUGGUUCUUAACAAAAACAGGGCUCCUGAUUUUCGUUGCAAAUUUCAGGGAAAGAGUACUUAAUGGUACAUUAUACAAUUGUGCAACAGCAAAGUGGUAUUUAUUCAAAAGUGGUUUUGUUUGCUGUUUCUUUCUUUUUUUUAAUGUGGCAUUAAUGAAGAGUAGAUUGAAACAAACAGUGGAUAAUACUUUUCUUUCAAAGAUUUUUAAAACAAUAUGAUAGUAAAGUUAUUUUGGCCAGCUGCUCGUCCACAGCACUGAUGACUUGUUCCACAUCAUAAAACUCCAGGCAACAUUGUUCUAGUUGGAGUACUGAAGGAUGAUAACGUAGAGCUGCCGUAGACCCGGCGAUUUGACUUAACUGUGUGAACCGGCUGCCGUACUGUACCACGUGGGUCAGGGAGGCAUCUGAUGUCCUUCUACGGUACAAUGUCCGUGUAGGAUGAAAUUUGUGCACUACUUUUUCCUUUUAGCCGUAGAGUUUUGGGGGAACAGGUGAUGGCGCUCUGUUAAUCUGUUAGUGUGUUUUGUGUGAACUUCUAUUUGAAAUGUGUCUUUUCUUUCUGCACCCGUAAGAUGAAGGGAUUAAACUCAAGAAGGAAACUCGGUACAUCCAGAGAAGUCUUUCUCCUGGUUUUACUCCCGGUACCGUGACGCUAUGAUGUGCAUAUUCUUGUGACACAGUGGGCCGGUGUACGUGUGUGUACUGUCCGUUUGGCCGUGGCGUCUUAUGCCAACGCAGAUGUUUGAGGAUGCGAAUAAGCUUCGUGUGGACGAGCCGCGCUGUUUUGUUCUCAGGUGGAUUCUUGGGCAAUAAAGAUAAUCCCCUCAAUGCAAAGCUCA